AGAUGCCCGACGGGCUGCUCCUGAGCGGGCAUCCGACGUUCGAGCCUGGGGAGCCCGCGCACCUGAGCACCGCGGACCCCUGGUCCAUGUUGGAGGUGCCGGCUCGGCCCUCGUCGGCGCCGGUGUUCGACCCGGAUCCCUCGGAGGCGUCCGCCGCCUCGGAGGGCGCCGGGUACGGCGACGUGUGGUGCCACCGCGCGCCGUCGGCGCCGCUGUUGGACCCCAAGGGCGUGAACCUGUUCGCCUUCCGGCCCGACCCCAACAGCCUGGUGUCGGCCCGGCCGCUGUCCCCUGGACCCGCGCCCCUUGGCGGCGCCCACGCGGCGGCUCUCGCCGGCACGCCGCCGCGGCGGCAGAGCGCCGGCGCGCUGCGGGGCGAGGGGGGCGUGCAGCUGCAAGGCCGAGGCUCCGGCGAGGGCUCCCCCUCCGCGCCCUUCUCGCAGCUCGGCCUCCGGGGGUCCCCGCCCCGGGGCGGCUCCGCCGUGGGCUCCGCCGUGGGCUCCGCGGUGGGCUCCGCCGUGGGCUCCGCCGUGGACCACCGCUUCACGCCGCCGCCCGUGGCGGCGCACCUGUGUCCCUCGGAGGGCUCGCCGCCGCCCCCCGGUCUGACCUCGCCCCUCGCGCGGACCUCGACAGGCCCGCGCGGCUCACCGGGCCCCGGCGCGGACGACGGCCCAGCGCUGCUGCAUCCGGCGGCCGUGCGUGCGGUGGACGCCUCCGACAGGUCGCAGACGGCACCCCCCUCGCUGGCGCUGCCGCUCGCGGGGCAGCUGGCCUCGCUGCAGGGC